AAGGGCACCGCCGGGAGGCGGCACCGCUCUCCCACCUGCCCCCCGGCGGCGGCGGCGCCGAGGUUCGCGAUGAGGCGGCCGCGGGGAGCAGCCGGAGGAGUUUGUUCGCCGCCUGGCCCCGGCUCCCUGAUGCUCUGAGCCGGAGUCUGUCUCCUCCUCUCCCCGGGCUCGCACCCGGGCUGGAUGCUCCCGCUCGUUCCUCGCCACGCCGCUCCGCUCGCCAGCCGCCUCCUCACCAGCCAUGGAGCCGUCAGCAGCCGCCCUGGACAGCACCCCGGACCCCGCCAUCGUGCAGCCCCCCGGGAGCAGCCCGUCGCUGCCCCCCCGGGAGCAGCAGCAGCAGCAGCAGCAGCAGGAGCAGCUGCGGAUCGGGGAGAGCGGGCAGUUCAGCGAGGGGCUGGAGGACCGAGGUUUACUAGAAAGCAGUACAAGGCUAAAACCUCAUGAAGCUCAAAGCUACAGAAAGAAGGCCUUGUGGGUUUCCUGGGUCUCCAUUAUUGUCACACUGGCUCUUGCAGUGGCUGCUUUCACUGUCUCCGUAAUGAGAUACAGUGCAUCAUCCUUUGGAUUUGCUUUUGAUGCUACCCUGGAUGUUUUGUCAUCAGCGAUAGUUUUGUGGCGUUACAGCAACGCAGCUGCUGUACAUUCUGCACACAGGGAGUACAUAGCUUGUGUUAUCUUGGGCGUCAUAUUCCUCCUAUCAUCUAUAUGUAUUGUGAUCAAAGCCAUCCACGAUCUAGCGAAGAAGGUGCUUCCAGAAGUGGAUGAUUUUCUGUAUAGCGUCUCCGUUUUAAGUGGCAUCCUUUGCACUGUUUUGGCAGUAAUCAAAUUUAUGCUGGGAAAGGUCCUUACAAGCAGAGCGCUGAUAACUGACGGUUUCAACUCUCUUGUAGGUGGAAUAAUGGGAUUUUCCAUCCUUCUUAGCGCAGAAGUAUUUAAGCACAAUUCUUCUGUCUGGUUUCUGGAUGGCAGUAUAGGAGUUUUAAUUGGACUAACAAUAUUUGCCUAUGGGAUCAAGCUGCUCAUUGACAUGGUACCCCGCGUAAGGCAAACGCGCCACUACGAAAUGUUUGAGUGAAGCUCACACCCUCUUCUUUGUAAGGACUGUAGACCUACAGCAUCAUGCAUUUUGGCAAGUGGUGCCAAUGGUAUUUUAUUAACUAUGCGGUUUGUUUCCCGUGGUCUGUUUUUGUUAAAGUUUGUUUUAAUGGGAAAUCUCUCUGUAAAACCGGCAUAUGUGCACACUGCUUGCAAUUCAGCGAAACAGCAGCAUUUUUCUGUCAAGUAUGCUAUCGAUUCCUGUGAAAAUAGAAAACAUGCAGUUUGCAGUUUUAACCCAGCUGCCAUGUUGUAUAUUCUAGAGUGAAAGUGUUCUUAAUGAUGUGAUAAACCUGUGGGUAAAGAAGUGCCAGUUUCAGAUCCUGUUUUUUUCCCCAGCCUGUAUUUUCCUCAACAUGUGCUGUAACAGAAGUGCAAGCCUUGCUAACCUCUUUGGCUAACAGAGUACCCCGUGUAGAGAGUGGACACCAAAAGCUGUGUUGCUUGAAACACUUGAGUAGCUACUUCUUCCAGCCCUUUUUAAAUAGACCCACAGAAAGAGCAGUUGCAAACCUUUCUGUGAGCAGAGAGGUACUUCAUUUUAAUCCUAAACUAACUGAAACUAUCCCUCCUCAAUUUAAAUUCUAUUUUUUCCUAACAAGACACCAUCCAUUGCUUUGCAUGGACCAAACAAGCACACGCAGUAUUACUGUACAGACCAAAGCCAAAAAGCCCUGCAAGGAAGAGGAGCUGCUUGAGGAAUGGGAUUCUCAUCUUCUGUUGUACUUUGCACAGAUGUGUCAGCGUGUGUGACUUUGUGGUUGCUCUGUAGUCUGACAAUGACACAGCAGUGGCUCAACCUGGUGGUGAGAUAGAGAUCUAUUUAUUAGACUUAGAUUGUUCUGUAAAGUGUUGCUCACCUUCCAUCACACGUCUUAUGUAUUACUUAAUAGCAGGUUAAAUUAUCAAAGAAUCUUGAUGUAUAGUCAAUAAAACUGGUAUCUAUUUUAUACAGUACCUGUAAGUAACAUUUGAAAACUAUUUCCAGAAUGUACCAUAGAGCAAAGUCUUCCUGUAUAGCAGCCUAUUAAACUGGAUUCUCUGGCUAUA